UCCCUCUUCCCAUUGAACCUAUUAAGUGAUAAACUCCGGGACAGAAAAUGGCGACGGCGGGGAGCCGGACCUCGUCGUCGGGAAUCCCAGAGUCGAAUAACGGCAUUACGGUCGGGAGCGCUUCUCAGGGCAACUCGGGCAGCGCCGGUUCCCAGAGCAGUCCCGGGUCAGCGAGGAUCGGCGGCGGGGAAAGCGCGCAAUGGAGACGCAGGGAGCUGCGCAAAGUCAGGAGCGUGGAUCUGGAUAAGCCCGAGUCGCUGCUGCUGUCGCCCGAUAGCGGAGCGGCUCAUCUGCGCUUCCUGUCCGCGUCCUCGCCUGGCGCAGUGCAGCAGCAAUCGCAGCACAUCCCGGGGAGCGGCUCUUUGACCGGCAGUCCGCUUUCGGACAACGCGAGUAACAUUGUACCCGAUGCUCAGGAAUUGCUGACCACUUCUCUUAAAAACAGCUCUGAUUAUGGUGCCGCCGGAACUCCCGAGGAAGUAAUCGCACCCCAGACCAGUCGCGACAUGGAGAGCAAGGACACGCCACGGGGCCUGCAGAAGAUGGAGGACCGUCCGGAGGAGCGGAUGAUCCGCGAGAAACUCAAGGCCACCUGCAUGCCCACUUGGAAGCACGAGUGGUUGGAGAGGCGGAGCCGCAGGGGCCCCGUGGUCGUGAAGCCCAUCCCCCUGCGGCCUGAUGGGAGUGAGGCGGGCUGCCGGGGGGCCGACGGUGGAGGGCCUGAUGCUCAGACUACAUCGCCCCUAUCUCGAGGAAGGAGGAGCCCGUCACCUGGACCAUUCUCAUCCUCAGCUUCCUCUUCCUCGGGCCGGUCUGUCAGCAAACCCGAGUCACCCGGCGUGCGUCGGAAGAGGGCCUCCCCGGUGCCGUUCCAGAGUGGCCGGGUGACCCCUCCCAGGCGAGCGCCCUCCCCCGACGGUUUCUCGCCCUACAGUCCCGAGGAAACCAAUCGCCGUGUCAACAAGGUUAUGAGGGCCCGCCUCUACCUGCUGCAGCAGAUAGGACCCAACUCCUUCCUGAUUGGAGGAGACAGCCCUGACAACAAAUACAGGGUUUUCAUUGGGCCACAGACCUGCAGCUGUGGCAGGGGGACCUUCUGCAUCCACGUGCUUUUCGUCAUGCUGAGAGUCUUCCAGCUGGAGCCCUCGGACGCUCUUCUCUGGAGGAAGACCCUGAAGAACUUUGAGGUGGAGAGCUUGUUCCAGAAGUAUCACAACCGCCGAAGCUCACGGAUCAAGGCCCCCUCGAGGAACACCAUUCAGAAGUUUGUCUCCCGCAUGUCCAACUCGCACACAUCCUGUGCCUCCAGCACUUCGACAUCCAGCAACGAGAACAGCAUGAAGGACGAGGAAGAGCAGAUGUGUCCCAUCUGUCUGCUGGACAUGCUGGACGAGGAAAGCCUGACUGUCUGUGAGGAGGGCUGCAGGAACAAGCUGCACCACCACUGCAUGUCCAUCUGGGCCGAGGAGUGCAGGAGGAACCAGGAACCCCUCAUCUGUCCGCUCUGCAGGGCCAAGUGGAAGUCACAUGACUUUUACAGCCAUGAGCCGGCCUCCCCUGUGGAAAACGCCGGAACUCAUCCCCAGGGCCAGACUGUGGCCCCCAGCGAGAGUCCGAUUCAGACACAGGAGGGCGACUUCACGCUUCCCCACUAUGGAGUCCAGCAGAUCCCCCAGAGCUACAAGGAGCUGGCUAAGCCCUGGAUCAGGGUGUUCGGGAUGGAGCUGGUGGGCUGCCUCUUCUCCAGGAACUGGAACAUCAGGGAGAUGGCACUGCGUCGGUUGUCCCACGAUGUCAGCGGAGCUCUCCUGCUGGCCAAUGGGGAGCGUUUCUGCCCGGGGGCUGGCCCCGGGGGGGUGGUGUCGGCAGCAGGCGGGUGCGAGGCAUCGGGAGACGUGGUGGUGGAGUCUUGCUGCAGUGUCCUCUCCAUGGUGUGUGCUGACCCCGUGUACAAGGUCUACGUGGCCGCUCUGAAAACACUACGGGCCAUGCUGGUAUACACCCCCUGUCACUCCCCGUCGGAACGGACGCGCCUGCAGCAGCUGCUCCGGCCAGUGGUGGAGACCAUACUGGUGAAGUGUGCAGAUGCCAACAGCCGCACCAGCCAACUGUCUGUAUCCACUCUGCUGGAGCUCUGUAAGGGCCAGGUGGGGGAGCUCGCAGUGGGCAGGGAGAUCCUGAAGGCUGGAUCCAUCGGCAUCGGCGGGGUCGACUACGUCCUCAACUGCAUCCUGGGACCCCAGACGGAGGCCAGCAACUGGCAGGCUCUGCUGGGCCGCCUCUGCCUCAUAGACCGCCUGCUGCUGGAGUUCCCGGCCGAGUUCUACCCCCACAUAGUCACCGGCGGCGACGCCCAGCACUCCCACAGCCUGGCAGAGAGGUACCAGAAGCUGCUGGCUCUGCUGAGCUUUGCCCUGCAGUCCAUCGAUAACUCGCACUCCAUGGUGGGCAAGCUGUCGCGCCGCGUCUUCCUGAGCGCCGCCCGCAUGGUGGCUCGCGUGCCCCACGUCUUCGUCAAGCUGCUCGACAUGCUCAGCGCCACCAGCUCAACGCACUACGCUCGCAUGCGCCGCCGCCUGCUGGCUAUCGCCGAGGAGAUGGACAUCCUGGAGGCCAUCCAUCUGGGUGCCAAGGAGGCCCAUGUCGAAGGCCCGCCGGAACCUUCCGUGCCACACAACUCCCCUGACGUCACAGAGAACAACACCCCUACACACACGGUGCAGCUGCCCGGCAAGAAGCCCAGCACGCCCAGCAGGGGGUGUCCUGGCGGGCCAGAGGACGUUGCUGAGAGGCUGGCGGGGGUUACCUUGGCGAUGCCCACCCUGGGAGUGUCCACCGAACGCACCAAGCCGCCUGUGCAAGCCAGGAGUCGGCAGCUGAACCAGGGCCCCUCUUCUCCUUGCGCCAACUGCUCCCAGGCCUUCCUGUCCCCCUCUGGCUCACACCCCCCCCCGCUCCCCACCCCCGACAAGGCCAAACCUCACGCCUUCAUCCCCGCCAAGCAGGCCGUCUCUCCUGUAGCUCAGCGCAGGUUUCCGCCCCCGAGGGGCCCCGGCACCGCUAAGGACCCCGAAAAGCCGGCUCCAGUCUUCACGCAGGCCCGUCCCAUUGCCUCUGGCCAGAUCCAUAGACCAAAGCCCACCCGCCCCCCUCCUGUCGAGGGGGGCACGACACUCGGUCAGCUCGGCAGGGGCCACCUGAAGCUGGAUCUAGCAGAUGCAGCCCAUGCCGGAAACGCCCGCGGCACCCCGCUGAUCCCCGGCGAGGACACCGUCUUCACCCCAGUGGAGGACAGCGGCCGGGGCCUGGAGGCCUCGGUUGAGCUCAACUCCAGCAUGGAGGACCUCCUUGAGGGUGCCGUCCCCGGGAGCACAGUCACCUUCCGCUCGGAGGUGGCCGUGCUGUCGCCGGGGCGGCCCGGUGCCGGCGAGGAGGAAGAUGCUUAUGCCGACGACGUGAGCCAGAACCAGAAGUGCAAGGAGAAGAUGGAGGCGGAGGAGGAGGAGGCGCUGGCGAUGGUCAUGGCCAUGUCUGCCUCGCAGGAUGCUCUGCCCACCAUCCCCCAGCUGCAGGUGGACAAGGAGGAAGAUGUCAUCAUUAUCCAGGUGGAUACCCCAGAGACUCUGCCUGGCCACACCAAAGCAAAACAGCCCUACAGAGAGGGAGCGGAAUGGCUGAAGGGCCAGCAGAUUGGCCUUGGAGCAUUCUCAUCCUGCUACCAGGCCCAGGAUGUGGGCACGGGAACACUGAUGGCUGUGAAGCAGGUGACCUACGUGCGCAACACGUCCUCGGAGCAGGAGGAGGUGGUGGAGGCCCUACGGGAGGAGAUCCGCAUGAUGGGCCACCUGAACCACCCCAACAUCAUCCGCAUGCUGGGUGCGACAUGCGAGAAAAACAACUACAACCUCUUUGUGGAGUGGAUGGCGGGGGGUUCUGUUUCCCACCUGCUUAACAAAUACGGGGCCUUCAAGGAGGGCGUGAUCGUCAACUACACCGAACAGCUGCUGCGAGGCUUGGCCUACCUCCACGAGAACCAGAUCAUCCACAGGGACAUCAAAGGUGCCAACCUGCUGAUCGACAGCACAGGCCAGAGACUGCGUAUCGCCGACUUUGGGGCGGCUGCCCGGAUGGCCUCCAAGGGGACGGGUGCCGGAGAGUUCCAAGGCCAACUCCUGGGCACCAUCGCCUUCAUGGCCCCCGAGGUGUUGCGGGGGCAGCAGUACGGCCGCAGCUGUGACGUGUGGAGUGUGGGCUGCGCCAUCAUCGAGAUGUCCUGCGCCAAACCGCCCUGGAAUGCUGAGAAGCACUCUAACCACCUGGCACUCAUAUUCAAGAUCGCGAGCGCCACCACGGCACCGACAAUCCCGCCGCACCUGUCCCCCGGCCUACGCGACGUCACCUUGCGCUGCCUGGAGCUGCAGCCUGCUGACCGGCCGGCGUCGCGAGACCUCUUGAAGCACCCUGUCUUCCGCCUGAACUGGUAGGGGGUGGGGUCUGAUCCCGCCACCCCAGAAGACAUGCGUCCAAGUACUACUGACGGCCCCGAGUGCUCACCCCCUGCUGGUAGCUAGGCACUAGAUGCUGGCCUGUGAGCAUAGGGAGGUACCCUAAGGCCGACGGGAUGGCGCCACCUGCUGUACCCUUGUGGACUGUGAGCCCAGCGUACCUUCGCAUGCCAUGCUUGUACCUUAGCCCACGAUGGCCACAACCCCCUGUACCUUAGUGUGCCAAGAGCUGGUUUCUGUUCCCUUCUAAAUGGUGCCUUUUUAGACGUGUGUUAUGGGUCCUUUCUUCACCAGCUUUAAUUAUUACCCUGUUUCUUUAAAUAGGCUGUUCCGUUCUGUUACUGGCAGCCCCAUGGUGAAAUGUAUUCAUUAUGUUGUCAUUUUUAUAGCCACAAGGUUUAAAUACUCUGUUUCUUUUAUCUUUGACAGCAGAGUAAGCCGGUUUAUCGCUUAGGUCGCCACACCUUCAUGCAUUUCAGAAGCGUAUUAGCAUCCGUACCUGUAAGAAUCCGUUAUGUAGAGCACAGGUGUCAAAUGAUUAUUUUUUUAGAUGAUUCUGUGUAUAUCAUAAGUGUUAAAUGCAAUAUAUAUAUAUAUAUAUAUAUA